GCACACGGUGCUGUGCGUAGUGUUUACUUUUGUCGAAACUCAGUCCGAAUUCGUUAACAGCCGCUAACGGUUUGCUCUUGCUCUGCUCCACGAUCUAACACCACCACCACCACCCAUCACCCACCGAUCCUUGAACACAGCACACACACACACACACACACAACUGAAAUCCUCGCCAACAUGUCCAAAGUGUCGCAAAGCGCUGGCAAUGCUAGCGGUAACGGUACCACAACCAACAGCAGCGACAUCUACAACAUUGUGCUGCUAGUGGUGGACAUUGUGAUGCUGUUGGUCAAAUUCUGGCUGUCGAUAAUCGAAUCGAUAAUCGGCCUCUUCCAGACGAAGCCGCUGGAGAAUGUGAACGGUAAAUUUGUGCUGAUCACCGGCGCAGGGCAUGGCAUGGGCAAGCAAAUGGCAUUGCAGUACGCGGCCUUGGGGGCCACCGUCAUCUGCUGGGACGUGAACGAGCAGACCAACAAUCAGACGGUGAAGGAUAUCAAGCAGAAGGGCGGCAAGGCCUUUGGCUAUGUGUGCAAUGUGACAAAGCGCGAGGAGCUGAUUGAGUUGGCCCAGAAGGUGCGCAAGGAGCAUGGCUUCAUCCAUGUGGUGGUUAACAAUGCCGGCAUUAUGCCCUGCCAUCCAAUUUUGGAGCACACCGAGAACGAGAUUCGUCUCAUGUACGACAUCAAUGUGAUCUCACAUUUCUGGAUGAUUCAAUCCUUCCUGCCCGACAUGAUCGAGCGCAACGAAGGCAGCAUUGUGGCGCUUUCCUCCUGUGCCGGACUCUUUGGUCUCAUCAAUCUGGUGCCCUACUGCGGCACCAAGUUCGCCGUACGCGGCUACAUGGCCGCCCUCAGCGAGGAGCUGCGCCAAAAGAAUCCACAGAAUAACGUAAAACUGACCACCAUCUAUCCGUACAUGAUCGACACGGGUCUGUGCAAGAAUCCCCGCUACCGUUUCCCCAACCUGUUCAAGUUGAUUGCGCCCGAUGUGGCGGCCGCUUCCAUUAUUCAGGCACAGCGCGAGGGUCUCGAGGAGGCAGCCGUGCCACGCAGCUAUCUGACGCUGGAGAAGAUCGGACGUCUUGUGCCCCGCAAGGCAAUGCGACUGGUCAACGAUUUCAUUGACACGGGCGUCGACACGGACAAGUACUAGAACAGGACGAGAAGCAGCGAGCAGCAGCAGCAGCAGCACCACCUCCUACUACCACUACUACUCCUCUGCCGUACACUCUGCAUUAGGUCCUAGAGCUUUAUUAAUUUUUUUUUUUAAUUUUUGUCUAUAAUUAAUUUCCCCUAACUGCUUUGUGUGCGUAUAUUAAUUGUAGCCUCAUUUCUUUGGAGAAAUGUGAAUUCAGAAAGGUUGUUACUUAAAUGCUUAAAUGCUAAUUGUGUGGGGUCGUAAUAAAAGUCGCCAUAAAAAUGA